UGUGGAUUUCCAUCAGACGGCCGGAUGAUGGCGAAGGGCAAAGUUCUAUGGUUAUCUGUUCUCCUCCUCGGCUCGGCGCUCUCGCAGCCGCUGCCGGAGCCGCAGCUGGACCAGCCCUGCCCUUGUUCGGACCCCUGCCCCGGUCCGUGUCCGAGCUGUCCCGGUCCGUGUGACGGGGGCACAAUCGACGUCGCACCAUGCAAUCCUUGCGGUCCGCAGGUCAACUACGCUUAUGGACAAUCUCAGCCAGGUAUUACACUGCCCGGUCCGUGUGACGGGGGCGUAAUCGACGUCGCCCCAUGCAAUCCUUGCAGUCCGCAGGUCAACUACGCUUAUGGACAGUCUCAGCCAGGAAUAAUAACCGUCAGGCCGGGCCAGAUCCGCUUCCCGCAACAACCCCCCAUCGUCGUCCGUCCAGGCCCCAUCUCGCUGCCGCGCCCCCAGCCGAUCUGGGUGAAGCCCCGGCCAGUCUACCCCCCCGCUCCCGCCCCUAUCACCAUCAGGCCCCAACCAGUGCAGCCGCCGCAGCAGCCCCCAUUCACCGUGAGGGUGCCGCCCGUGAUGCCUCCGGUGCUGCCACCGAUUUGGGUUAGACCUCAGCCCGUGCCUGUGCCUUGUCCUAGUCCUAUCAAGGUCAUCCCAAGCCCAGUCCAACCACCGCUGCCGACGCCACUGGUCAUCGUUCCCCCCAGAGUCUUAGUCCCCAGUCCCCCCACCAUCGUCUUCCAGCCGGACCCACCCCAGAUCUUCAGGACUAUUGGCUGCGCUGACGUGAGGUCACUACGGAAUCUGAGUCCGUCUCCGAACCCUUGGUUUCCUUCACCCAGUCCGUCACCGGCCCCUCAACCUUGGUUCCCUUCCCCUAGUCCUUCACCCUGCGUUCAACCUUGGUUUCCUUCCCCUAGCCCUUCCCCCUGCCCUCAACCUUGGUUCCCUUCCCCUAGCCCUUCCCCCUGCCCGCAACCUAGCCCGUCCCCCUGCCCAUCACCUUGUCCAUGCAUGAACUAAGCUAGACUCGAACAUUAAAUAAAAACGGGGAAGACGUUUAACCAUCGCAAAAAAAAAUACAAGUUCUUCAGAAGGCGCCUGUUAAUUGUUUACGAGCACAAAUAAUACCAAAUUCAAUGCAAAAAAGUUCGGUGAAGGAACUUAAUUUCAGUACCAUUUCGUUCCUUUUGGUCAAGGAACUUAAUUUCAGUACCAUUUCGUUCGCGUUCCAAUUUAGGUAUGAGGUCUCUAGCAACUUUCAUAUUGAUUGCCACUGUGUCAAGAUACGAAAUGGUAUAUACUGAAUUAAGUUCCUUAACUUGUACCAUCUUCUCCACUCACUAGAGUAUAUUCAACGUUCUGUGCAGUAUCUGAACACAUCAAAAGACAUGCUUUAAUCAAAAUAAAAUUAUUACUUUGCUUAUCCGCGAAAUGAUAACCUGUUAAACCGGCGACGUUGCCGGACCGUCAACAUCUCCAACAUCCUCGACAAGAUGAUGCCUCGUAGAGAGUCGAAACACAUGUCGAGUUUUGUACUCUUGGUGCUGGCACAGAUCAUGUGCUGGUUUGUUAUAUUUAUUUGCGUAUUUACUUUUGCGGAGGGAGGAUGAUAACGUUAAUUUCAUGCGAAAAAUACGCAAGUCAGUAUAAUAGUUCACUAAUGGACUAGCACGUUAUAAUUUCGCGGAUAAGCAAAGUAAUAAUUUUGCUUUGGUUAAUAUGGAUUUCCGCAAAGUAACGGCCGAUUCUAUUAAGAUAUGCUUUGUAUCUGUAAGGAGCAGAUACACCCAGUGGUGCAAUUGGACUUAAAUUGAUUCAAAGUUAUCCACAGGGACCAACUAAGAGCUACUUGCGAUGGUUUAGUAUCUUCACCGAAGUUUGUUAAAUGUUCGAAAUUGUAUUCAUUAAUUUAGAUAUCUGUUGUAACAGGGAAUAUUUAAUUAUUGUAUCGAAUAUAUUUGUAUAUAUUAUUUUAAGGCUACUUUUGUAAGUGUGAAUGCAAUUGAAUAUAUUACGGGUAUAAGCAGCAUAAUA